AGGAAUUAUUGUAUAUGAUUUGUUCUCAUCAGUGUUUUUGUAAUGUGUCUGUACAUUAGAGAUAUCUGUAUCGGAGUCAUUGGAGAUAACAUUCUGUUUUAUCAACUGAAUUAAGUUUGUGUUUCACUAUCAGUAUGUCAUGUGUAUUUUCAAGGAGUGUCUUUUCCAAAGUCCAUGCAGUUCCCUAUCUUAUUGAUAGUCUCCCUGUUUAUAGCCUUUAACUUUUCAAUCAUUGUCUGGCGACUUUCUUUCUUUGAGAGACACACACAUGCAUGCUCAGGCAGUAUGUGUGUAAUGCACAUGGUGGUACUUACAAACAUAGACACACCUUUACAAUCAUUCACAUUCACACUGUUUAAUAUAUUGUGUGUGCAGGCUUUUCUGCCCAGUCCCACACUGAUAAUAUUACAAUAGAUAAACGUUAUCAAGUGGAAAGUCCACAUUCUCAUAUCUUUCAAAGAGCAUACUAUUGCUGAUACUGUACAUUGAGGUACAGCAGAAUGAAAUGUAGGGGAGAGUGGGCACACAGUAGGCGUGACAAACGAUCGGUCAUAUGAGCGUCAGUAGCGCUCGAGCAGUCCUGCCCAGUAGCGCCAAGUCACCGGGAAACCUCGGCCGCUCGUGAGGAUUUUGCAAAGGGAUGGAGCGGUAUGGCGACGCCGACGUACAUUAUAAACAUCAAGGUGCUGAAUUAGGCUAUGGUUUGCCCUGAUACAUAACGGUAACAGCAGCGCUUCCCAGACCAUUCCCCCCCCCCCCCCCCCAGCCAGCUACUCCACCAACCCUUCAGCCCAGGCCCAGCCAUGACAGCCAAGUCGUCCCUGCUCAAGGUGAUCCUCCUUGGGGACGGAGGCGUGGGCAAGUCCUCCCUUAUGAACCGCUACGUCACCAACAAGUUUGACACGCAUCUCUUCCACACCAUUGGCGUGGAGUUCCUAAACAAGGAGCUGGAGGUGGACGGGCGCACCGUGACGCUCCAAAUCUGGGACACGGCGGGCCAGGAGCGCUUCCGCUCACUCCGGACACCUUUUUACCGUGGCUCCGACUGUUGUCUCCUGACCUUCAGCGUAGAUGACAACCAGAGCUUCCACAAUCUCAACAACUGGAAGAAGGAGUUUGCCUACUACGCUGAUGUCAAGGAACCUGAGAAGUUCCCAUUCGUGAUCCUGGGUAAUAAGUUGGAUGUGCCAGAGAGGCAGGUUUCGGGCGAGGACGCCCGCCAGUGGUGCCGCGACAAUGGCGGCCACCCGUACUUUGAGACGAGCGCCAAGGACUCGACCAACGUGGCGGCGGCGUUUGAGGAGGCGGUGAGGAGGGUGCUGGCGCAGGAGGAAAGGGGGGAGCACCUCAUCCCGACGGACACAGUGGACCUGCACAGGAAGCCACGCUCUGGCACCUCCUGCUGCUGAGGAGAUGUAGGGUUGAUUACCUUUAUUUGACUCUUAAAGGCCAAAUGCAGCUGUUUAUCUCAAUUUGAAAUGGGCAAAUAUAGCUUUUUAGCAAAAAAACUAUUUCUCAAGCAAGAAUUUUGCUAAGAUGGUGAAAACUAGCUGUUUAUUGGAAGAGAGGUUUGGAACAGUUUUUGUUAUUGGUAUAUUAACCAGUCUACCGAACAGUGAUGUCACCAUUGAAAGCUGAAACUCCCGUCCAUGCAAACCUGCUGAUUAUAAUGUCCUGUGUAGAUUGUAUUUUCAACCACCAACUAUCAGGAAAUAAACUGAUCACAUUUUUUCACAAUUUUACAGUGUUUGUUUCAUCAGCUGUUUAUUACAAUAUGGUAUGAAACACAGGAAAAUUAGAAUUUUGACUGCACUGGGCCUUCAAAGAGACAGUAGGGGCAUAUUUGAACUUCUGCUGCCCAACUCUGGCCGUAACUUGUGAGUUCUGAUGAUGCCAACGGCCACUUGGUUCAAGUUCUCUUUUUUAACUGUGGUUAAUGCUUUCGUUCUGCUCUGUGCUCCUCCCUUGGUUUACCUGACUGCAUGUGCACGCAGACACACAGCCUGUUCAUGGCAUUAUACACACCCAACCCACUUAGGCUAUAUAAGUUUUAUCAUACACAGGAGUGCUCAUAGUUGGGCCUGCUAUUUGACAUUCCUUUGCGCUGGCGAGUAUGUUUUAUCAGUGACUACUACGAUCAAGAGAUUACUUUGUUCUGCGCUUGUCCUCCAGCAAUCAAGUAAUGACUAAAUAUUUACAUUUUUAGUCAUAGCAGACACCCUUAUCCAGAGCAACUUACAGUAGUGAGUUGCCUCUCUGGCACUUUUUCAUAGUGGUCCCCCGUGGGAAUCAAAUUCACAACACUGCCGUUGCAAGCACCCUGCUCUACCAAUUGAGCCACAUGGGGAAAUACUACAUUGUCAUCCCAUCUAUUAAAUGGGCUGAAUGUGCCAAAUGUAUAUUAAUAUUGUUGAUUGUUUAAAAUAAUCGUAUUUUGUAUUAACGUUAGUGGUGGUAGUCAGUACACAGACUGACUGAACUACAGUAUGUGUUGGGGGGAAAACCAGAGGGUUGUGUCCAGUCUACAUCAUUGUACAAAUGGAAAGAAAAUUUCAGUCAAACCCAUUUCUCUGAUUAUUCUCACUUGAUGGGCUGAUUUUAGAUUUUAAACCCACUCAACCCAGCCAUGCAAAUUUUGGCUGUGUGAAUUCGCAAGCCGUUCAUUGGCUGGAUUGCGUGCUCUAUAGAGACCAACGUAUGUCCAGCCUUCAUAAUGACCAAAAUAGCUUUAACAUGUUUAAUCUCAUCCAAUUUCCAGAUAAACUGUCAAAAGCCUUUUUAUAGCCAUGUUAAUGUGUGUUCGUUAGGAAUGUCAGGGCACUGAAGCAUGUAGAUUGGUCUUUUAGCUACAAAAACAAUAGCUUUAAUUUAUUUAAAUGUGUUUACAGUCACUCACUACGCGAACUAGUGCACCUGAUGCCUCAGGACGUAAGUGCAUUAGCUAGCCUAACUGUUUUCGGAGAGUUUGGAAAUGAGAGGCUUUUUAAUGUUAUGUUGCCUGGACCUGGACUAACCAUUUUGGAAUUGAGCAGCAAAUCCCGGGCCAUUGCACCACAAUUUAUUAUAGUAGGCUAUAGGCUGACUUGUGCCAUCAUGAGUUCUGUGUACUAUAGCCCCAAGGAAACCAGUCGUAAAUGCAUACCAGUUGUUUCUAUGUUUUGCUGUAAAACGAGACCAACCAUGACACACUAAAAACUGUAGGCCUAUUGUACUUUUUUAUGUAAAAAAAAUAUUGUUGGUUAUUUGUCAAAAGACCCCCAAUAACAGUGAUGUUACCAGUAUUCAAAUGCGAACCAGUAAUUUCUACAGCAGGGUUCCCCAAUUGGUAGCCCACGGCACACCAAGUUUUCUGAGCAUAUACAGUACCAGUCAAAGGUUUGGAGACACCUACUCAUUCAAGGGUUUCUCUUUAUUUUCUACAUUGUAGAAUAAUAGUGAAGACAUCAAAACGAUGAAAUAACACAUAUGGAAUCAUGCAGUAACCAAAAAAGUGUUUAAUAAAUCAAAAUAUAUUUGAGGUUCUUCAAAGUAGGCACCCUUUGCCUCGAUGACAACUUUGGACACUUGGCAUUCUCUCAACCACCUUUCCAACAGUCUUGAAGGAGUUCCCACAUAUGCUGAGCACAUGUUGGCUGCUUUUCCUUCACUCUGUAGUCCAACUAGAUCAUCCGUUCACCUACUCUGCGUCUCACAAAGACACAGUGUUUGGAACCAAAAAUCUAAAAUUUGGACUCAUCAGACAUAUUUCCACCGGUCUAAUGUCCAUUGCUCAUGUUUCUUGGCCCAUGCAAGUCUCUUCUGAUUGUCCUUUAGUAGUGGUUUCUUUAUAGCAAUUUGACCAUGAAGGCCUGAUUCACACCAUCUCCUCUGAACAGUUGAUGUUGAGAUGUGUCUGUUAUUUGAACUUUGAAGCAUUUAUUUGGGCUGCAAUUUCUGAGGCUGGUAACUCUAAUCAAAUUUCAAAUCAAAUGUAUUUAUAUAGCCCUUCGUACAUCAGCUGAUAUCUCAAAGUGCUGUACAGAAACCCAGCCUAAAACCCCAAACAGCAAGCAAUGCAGGUGUAGAAGCACGGUGGCUAGGAAAAACUCCCUAGAAAGGCCAAAACCUAGGAAGAAACCUAGAGAGGAACCAGGCUAUGUGGGGUGGCCAGUCCUCUUCUGGCUGGGCCGAGUGGAGAUUAUAACAGAACAUGGCCAAGAUGUUCAAAUGUUCAUAAAUGACCAGCAUGGUCGUAUAAUAAUAAGGCAGAACAGUUGAAACUGGAGCAGCAGCACAGUCAGAUGGACUGGGGACAGCAAGGAGUCAUCAUGUCAGGUAGUCCUGGGGCAUGGUCCUAGGGCUCAGGUCCUCCGAGAGAGAAAAAAAAAAGAGAAUUAGAGAGAGCAUAUGUGGGGUGGCCAGUCCUAAUGAACUUAUCCUCUGCAGCAGAGGUAACUCUGGGUCUUCCCUUCCUGUGGCAGUCCUCAUGAGAGCCAGUGCUUGAUGGUUUUUGCGACUGCACUUGAAGAAACUUUCAAAGUUCUUGAAAUUUUACAGAUUGACUGACCUUCAUGUCUUAAAGUAAUGAUGGACUGUUUCUCUUUGCUUAUUUGAUCUGUGAAGAUUCCACAAUAUGGACUGGGUCUUUUACUAAAUAGGGUUAUCUUCUGUAUACCAUCCCUACCUUGUCAAAACACAACUGACUGGCUCAAAUGUAUUAAGGAAAGAAAUUCCACAAAUUAACUUUUCACAAGUCUUAAUUGAAUUGCAUUCCGUGUGACUACCUCAUGAAGCUGGUUGAGGGAAUGCCAAGAGUGUGCAAAGCUGUCAGAGGCAAAGGGUGGCUACUUUGAACAAUCUAAAAUAUAUUUGGAUUUGUUUAACACUUUUUUUGUUUACAUGAUUCCAUGUGAUAUUUCAUAGUUUGGUGUCUUCACUAUUAUUCUAGGAUGUAAAAAAUAAUGAAACUUUGAAUGAGUAGGUGUCUCAACUUUUGACCGAUACUGUGUAUAAUAUAUGUAUAGUUAUUGUUUUAUUGUUGCAUGUAAGACUGUAAAAACACUGGCAAAUCAGCUCCAAGUGAUUUUUAUUUUAUAAGUCUUCCAAAGUAUUCCCACGCAUUAUAGAAAGAUGCAUGUAAUCGUAUACAAAUGUAAGCAAGGUUUGAAAUGUAUGUUUUCGUCAAAUAUUCGAUCUUUGGACUUUGUGGUUAAUUUGCAGUCUAAAAAUAAUUUAUUUUCUGGCCCCCUGACCAUCCGCUCACGAACAAAAAUUGUCCUGUUCCAGUGUCUUGCAUUAAAACAUGAACCACCCUGAAACACUCAAUACGGUCUUAAAAUGUAUGUUUGUGUGUGUGUGUUGAAAUAAAAAGUUGGCCAUUUUUUAACCUA